AUGAACCGCAGAGCAGAUGCAGCUCGAGUUGCAUCUGUUGGUCCAGAUGUAGUGUCAGUGAUGGAGGGUGAUUCAGUCUGUCUAUGCACUGAAAUUAUUAAAUCCCAGCAAGAAAGAAUAAAAUGGUAUUUCAGUGACACUCGCAUCGCUCAGAUCAGUGGAGAUAUCAGUAAGAUCUAUACAGAUGAUCAGGUUACUGAGAGAUUCAGAGACAGACUGAAGCUGGAUCAUCAAACUGGAUCUCUGACCAUCACGAACAUCAGAACCACAGACUCUGGGAUUUAUAAACUAGAGAUCAACAGCCGAAACACUGAAAAAAUAUUCAAUGUUACUGUUCUAGCCGUUUCUGCUGAACUUGAUAAAAUGAAGAAAACAGGAGAAUCUUUCAGUUUAGAUCCUGGUGUAACAAUGAACCCAGAUAAUGUAAUGCAGUGGUAUUUUAACAACAUUCACAUCACUGAAAUCUCUGGAAAUCAGAGUAAUAUCUGUACAGUUGAUCAGUGUGAUGAGAGAUUCAGAGACAGACUGGAGGUGGAUCAUCAGAAUGGAUCUCUGACCAUCAUCAACUCAAGGACCACAGACUCUGGACUUUAUGAACUUCAGAUCAUCAGCAGAGGAUUCACCAUCAUAAGGAGCUUCAGUGUUACUGUCUCUGUUGCGUCUGUUGGUGAAGAUGUAGUGUCAGUGUCAGUGAUGGAGGGAGAUUCAGUCACUCUAUACACUGGACUUAUUAAAUCCCAACAAGAAAGAAUGAAAUGGUACUUCUAUGACACUCGCAUUGCUCAAAUCACUAGAGAUCUCAGUAAGACCUGUAAAGAUGUUCAGUGCAAUGAAGGCUGA